AUGGAACUCUUUAUGGCAAUGAGAAAAUAUAGAUGCGAAAAAGGAUAUUUGAAGCUUAUUAGCAGGACUGCUGAUACGAUGUAUAUAUUAGGCUUCCUUAAGAGUCUGAAACACAUGACCAUCUGAAAUUUCGUUUUGCUAUAUAAGCACUCAGAAAAUAACCUGCGCAGCAAGUUAAUCUUCUUUUCCAUCUUCUUCUCUAUCUUCUACUUAAAUUUUUCAUCUUCCCGAUCUUCAUAUCGAUUCUUCUUUAUUAAAAAAUCUUCAUCAUCAAUCCUUUCAUUUACUUUGUCCCAGAACUCUUGGUGCCAGAAUAGUGCGCCAUUUUUGGAAUCAAUGCUGUCUAUUUAUUCUCUGAUACUGCAAAAUUUCUGACUGAUUGCCAGAAACUUUUUCUCAUAUCAAUCAGUCCAGCCUAUUGUCUUCCAUUGAAAAUAUUAA